AUGCAGUCAUCUGAGAUUUUGUGGCGUCCUGCCGGUCAUGGCCCUUGGGCCCCCCAUCCAUCUGGUCGUGCUGGUUUAGAAUCAUUGGACAUUGAUCGGCAAGUGUUUUUCAUUGUCUCAAUCCGUCCUCCUCCCGCGUUGCUUAUUCCACCACCACCAGACAAGGGCGUCCCAGCCGGCAUCGUCAACUUUGCCCUCGCUCACAGACAAGAAGUGACUCCAACGUCAACGGGACGCAACGCGCCGUGCCACAUUGGUGGAGGAAAUAUUGAGAUGAAUGCUCUUCUUCACGAACCGUUCCGAACCGUCAACGGGUUUCGCAUUGUCAAACAGCAGAAUUCCAUUGCCCGGCCUCCCUUGACUCCAGGCACGUUGCGACCCUCAUUCUUGGCCAGAAUGGAACGCAAAAGGGCAGGCAGACCAGGACAUGCUCAUUGUGUCCUGCCUUACUGCCACUGCCUCGAACACUCCAAGACGGCGCCCAUGAAAGCUUUCAGCGAAAGGGACGGUGCGAAGCUUACGUUGCCGACCACAUGGCAAAACCCAUUGCUAUCUUUGGGGGCUGUGGACUAUCGACAAGUUCGCGCGUCGAGCUGCGUCUUUGUGGAAACUAGCCGCAUCUUUGGAAUCCAAAUUGCCUGGUGCACACCAUUCGUGCUGGACGAAAGUGAGCUAGACAUGCGAUGGGGAAGCAUCGGGGCCGUGUUUGCUUCCGUUUUUGCAAAGUGCCCUCGCACCAUUGAAGACAGCUGCAAGCUGCCUUCUCGACUCAAGGCGGUGCUCCUCUCGAUCCGCAGCGAAGCGGCAAGACCGGCGGGGAAGCCGUCGUACAGAAUCUCUCCAUGA